AUGAAGUUCACUGCCAUCAUCGCUUCGGCCGUCCUCCUCGCCAACCCUAUUCUUGCCGGCGUGGCUCCCGCUGAGGCCGCCGCAGUCUGCGGCAGCCUUGGUGUCAUGACCUACACCGACGCGGCGGUUGCUCUCAAGGGAGCGGACCCUGCCAUGGUCCGCGCCUGCAAGGAGCACCCUCUGGGCCCCAGUGUUCGACCGAGCGGUGCUGUUGUCAGCCCUGGCUCCUCCAACGCGAAGCGCAACCUUAUCGGACGCCAGGAGGAACCUGAUGCCUGCUUGAAGGACAACGAGCCCUCGUUUGGAUGCACGGACGGGUACUGCUGGAAGAGAUGCGGCGAGGGAGCCGGAAGAUGGUGCUGGACUGCUUGGAACGGUGGCUUUGGCUCCUGGAGAACUUGUGGUGCAAACCGUGACUGUGGCUCGGCUGCUGGCUCGGCUUGCGGUGAGGGCUGCUCCCGGUGUGGCUGCGGCUGCUAA